GUUCCGGCGGCGGGCCCCGCCUCCCGGCCAAUGGGACCGGCGCUUGCAACAGCCCAGAUUCUCUUUGUUCCGCAGCCAUUUCAGGCCCCGGACGGAGGCAGCGCCGCUUCGGCAGAGGGCCCAAGCACCGGAGGCCUCUGGGAUGGUGUGGGAUCGGCAAACCAAGAUGGAGUAUGAGUGGAAACCUGACGAGCAAGGGCUUCAGCAAAUCCUGCAGCUGCUGAAGGAGUCCCAGUCGCCGGACACCACCAUUCAGAGAACCGUGCAACAAAAACUGGAACAGCUCAAUCAGUAUCCGGAUUUUAACAACUACUUGAUUUUUGUUCUUACAAAAUUAAAAUCUGAAGAUGAACCCACGAGAUCAUUGAGUGGUCUCAUCUUGAAGAAUAAUGUGAAAGCACAUUUUCAGAACUUCCCAAAUGGUGUAACAGACUUCAUUAAAAGUGAAUGUCUAAAUAAUAUUGGUGACUCCUCUCCUCUGAUCAGAGCUACUGUAGGUAUUUUGAUUACAACCAUAGCCUCCAAGGGAGAAUUGCAGAAUUGGCCUGACCUCUUACCGAAACUCUGUAGCCUUUUGGAUUCUGAAGAUUAUAACACCUGUGAAGGAGCAUUUGGUGCCCUUCAGAAAAUAUGUGAAGAUUCUGCUGAGAUUUUAGAUAGCGAUGUUUUAGAUCGCCCUCUCAACAUCAUGAUUCCCAAAUUUUUACAAUUCUUCAAGCACAAUAGCCCCAAAAUAAGGUCUCAUGCUGUGGCAUGUGUCAAUCAGUUUAUCAUCAGUAGGACUCAAGCCCUGAUGAUGCACAUCGAUUCUUUUAUUGAGAAUCUCUUUGCAUUGGCUGGUGAUGAAGAACCAGAGGUACGGAAAAAUGUGUGCAGAGCACUUGUGAUGUUGCUUGAAGUUCGAAUGGAUCGCCUGCUUCCUCACAUGCAUAAUAUAGUUGAGUAUAUGCUACAGAGGACCCAAGACCAGGAUGAAAAUGUGGCUCUGGAAGCCUGUGAAUUUUGGCUCACUUUGGCUGAGCAGCCAAUAUGCAAAGAUGUGCUUGUGAGGCAUCUUCCUAAGUUGAUUCCUGUGUUAGUGAAUGGCAUGAAGUACUCAGAUAUAGAUAUUAUCCUGCUUAAGGGUGAUGUGGAGGAGGAUGAAACAAUUCCUGAUAGUGAACAAGAUAUAAGGCCACGAUUUCAUCGAUCAAGAACAGUGGCUCAGCAGCAUGAUGAAGAUGGAAUUGAAGAGGAAGAUGAUGACGAUGAUGAAAUUGAUGAUGAUGAUACAAUUUCUGACUGGAAUCUAAGAAAAUGUUCUGCUGCUGCCCUAGAUGUUCUCGCAAAUGUUUAUCGUGAUGAGCUUCUGCCACAUAUUUUACCCCUUCUGAAAGAAUUACUUUUCCAUCAUGAAUGGGUUGUUAAAGAAUCGGGCAUCUUGGUUUUAGGAGCAAUUGCUGAAGGUUGCAUGCAGGGUAUGAUUCCAUACCUGCCUGAGCUCAUUCCUCACCUCAUUCAGUGCCUCUCUGAUAAAAAGGCUCUUGUGCGUUCUAUAACAUGCUGGACUCUUAGUCGGUAUGCACAUUGGGUAGUCAGCCAGCCACCGGACACGUACCUAAAGCCAUUAAUGACAGAGUUGCUGAAGCGCAUCCUGGAUAGCAACAAGAGAGUACAGGAAGCUGCCUGCAGUGCCUUUGCUACCCUAGAGGAGGAGGCUUGUACAGAACUUGUUCCUUAUCUUGCGUAUAUACUUGAUACCUUGGUCUUCGCAUUUAGUAAAUACCAGCAUAAGAACCUGCUCAUUCUUUAUGAUGCCAUAGGAACAUUAGCAGAUUCAGUAGGACAUCAUUUAAACAAACCAGAAUAUAUUCAGAUGCUAAUGCCUCCACUGAUCCAGAAAUGGAACAUGUUAAAGGAUGAAGAUAAAGAUCUCUUCCCUUUACUUGAGUGCCUGUCUUCAGUUGCCACAGCCUUGCAGUCUGGCUUCCUUCCAUAUUGUGAACCUGUGUAUCAGCGUUGUGUAAACCUAGUACAGAAGACUCUUGCACAAGCCAUGUUAAACAAUGCUCAGCCAGAUCAAUAUGAGGCUCCAGAUAAAGAUUUUAUGAUAGUGGCUCUCGAUUUGCUCAGCGGCCUGGCUGAAGGACUUGGAGGCAACAUUGAACAGCUAGUAGCUCGAAGUAACAUCCUAACACUGAUGUAUCAGUGCAUGCAGGAUAAAAUGCCAGAAGUUCGACAGAGUUCAUUUGCCCUGCUAGGUGACCUGACUAAAGCUUGCUUUCAGCAUGUAAAGCCUUUUAUAGCUGAUUUUAUGCCAAUAUUGGGAACCAAUCUAAAUCCAGAGUUCAUUUCAGUCUGCAACAAUGCCACCUGGGCAAUUGGAGAAAUUUCCAUUCAAAUGGGUAUAGAGAUGCAGCCUUAUAUUCCUAUGGUGUUGCACCAGCUUGUAGAAAUCAUAAACAGACCCAACGCACCAAAGACGUUGUUAGAGAAUACAGCAAUAACAAUUGGUCGUCUUGGUUACGUUUGUCCUCAAGAGGUGGCCCCCAUGCUACAGCAGUUUAUAAGACCCUGGUGUACCUCCCUGAGAAACAUAAGAGACAAUGAGGAAAAAGAUUCAGCAUUUCGUGGGAUUUGUACCAUGAUCAGUGUGAAUCCCAGUGGCGUAAUCCAAGAUUUUAUAUUUUUUUGUGAUGCUGUUGCAUCAUGGAUUAACCCAAAAGAUGAUCUCAGAGACAUGUUCUGUAAGAUCCUUCAUGGAUUUAAAAAUCAAGUUGGGGAUGAAAAUUGGAGGCGUUUCUCUGACCAGUUUCCUCUUCCCUUAAAAGAGCGUCUUGCAGCUUUUUAUGGUGUUUAAUGUAAUACACUUAGGCUGCAGUCCCAAAAUUAGGGGUCCUCCAGUCUUGGAGACUAUGAGGGAGCCUCUGUACCCAGGGAAAAAGUUACCCUUUACAGGGGGGAAGGGUAAACCAGUAGGGAAUACAGUACAAUCCCAACCCUACUGGGAGGGGCGGGAGGGAGGUGUUGCCGUCACUGUAUUAAGUCGAUGUUGGGAAACGUUUUAACAUCUGGAGCCUUUGUGGGUGGAAAUCUGUCUCCAGUUACAACUCCGCACUGGAUGUGAAGAAGCAAAAAAAAAAAAAAAAAAAAAAAAAAAAAAUCAGUCUACUCACAAAACAGUACAUUCUGGAAUAUUAUGGGGAAUUGUACCAAAACAACCAUAUAAAUGAUGCAUAGGGAAAAGAAAGCGGAAAAAUUCUGUAGCGCACAAUAAGAGACCUAAGAAUGGGGGUUAUAUUCAGUAAAAGAAGCUUUUUUCUUUUUAAUUUAAAAGUUUUUAUAUAAAUGUUCCCACAUUAUGGGGCCGUGUUUUGCAUGCUGAUGAAGAGCUACACAAAGCUAAUACAGUUAGAAUCAGCUUGCCUUCCCAUAGUAGAAGCAGAUUCUUGGGAAUUAAAAUUUAAGGUACCCCCCAGAAAAUGUUGGAAAUAAAACAAAAUAAGUUUGAACCAACGAAGCACCCUGUGAAAUGCCAAAUGAGUCACUCCUUUUACCUUUUUCGGGUGGGCAGGGAGGGAGGAAUAGGUAGGGUGGGCAUAUCAAACUAAAGUUGGCAUCUUAAUUUUACAUUAAACAUUAGUGAAUAUAAUUUUAUGGUGUACUUCAUUAGAUUUAAUUUCUAGGCCAACACCUUGUUUUAAAGUCCAGUUUAAGGUUCAGGCAUGCAUUCUGGCUCCUAGUGAUUGAAAGUCAUUUAAAUUAGUGGGAAAGUAGCAUGCUCGCAUCACAUAGAGUGAGGUUGGUAUUCAUUUACCUAUGUUGCGCCAGUUCGUCUUGCAGUUUACCAAUUCAGUAUAGCCCUGCAUUUAAAAUUCCUUUUUUUAAGGUUCGUGGAUUUUAUUUUUAUUAAGAAUAUAGAUAUAUAAAGUACUGUAGUUUACAGCUAGGCCUUGAAAUAUCUUUUUAGGAUCUGUUAGGAAUAAGAUUGACAUUGUAUUGUGUGUAACCUGCACAAUGUGGAAAGCUGAUAUACCUGUGCAAAAUCUUUGCCUCUGUGCUGUCAGUGUGAUGUGCUUUCUGCAUGGUUAUAUACUACUAGUGACUUUAUCAAAACUUCUAAAAUUUAAAUUACAUGGUAAAAAGAUCUGUAAAAGGCUGCGUGUUGGCACAUAAAGACAAUUAUAGAGAUUGAAAAUGAUUGCUAUAAUUCAUUGUUUAUUCCCACUCAGCAUAUUGCCUUCUAAACUUUACUUUUUUUGUUCAAAGCAUGAUCUUAAAGAUAUGUUUAAGUUAAUGGAUGUAAUGCAGGGUUCCUACACUAUUGGCGCAUGUUGGUGGCCCUUUGUGCCCUAGAUAUAAUGCACACAGGGUGCAAGUUUAAAUCUGCAGAGUGAAAGUUGGUUUGGAUCCUCUUCAUUUCAUUUGUUUGGCUUUUCUGUUAUUUUUCUCUACUUACCAUGUAUUCCUGUGAAUAAAUCCUUGUUAAGUUAAUCCUUUACUUUUCCUUUCAUGUGUAUUUUCUUACAUACUGUGAAUGUGAAGACCUAACUGGUACACUUGAUCCUGUGUCCAUAUGAAAGUGCAAGUCUUUAUUAAUUUGGAUUGCCUAAACAGUGUAUCCCAUGAUGAUGAAGGAAAAUGGAGAGAUUUUUGUUUUUAACUCUGCUGGUCAGAGAUGAAGCCACGCCUUUCCAUUUUUCAAUGCUGCAUAUUUAAUCUGCAACAAAAAUGUUAAGCCAUAACAGCCUUUUUAUAUUUUAGUUUGUCACCUUUGCAUUGCAGAAUAAAUACUGAAUAACCAUUUUUAUAAGCAGUUGCUCCUCUUUGCAUGGUUCUAUUCUCUAAAAAUGUUGAAUGAUACAGCCAUUGCACUGACAUUUGAGCUGUGUGCGUGUGAAUUUAUAAAUACCGUUUCAAAAAAUUUCUGAUGCAUGGUAGCAUGCAGAAAGGUUUUUGUUAUUGUGUAUGUGUGUGUUUUUUAACAUGUUCUUUCACCUUUUCUCUACUUUGGCUUUGCAAAUUUCAGCCUGUUGAACCUGAGAUCAUUUUAUAAUGCCCAUUUUUAAAAGAAUUAUUACAAUUUAGAUUCAAAGGUUUAUGGCAUUUUGCUUUCUAGUUUAGUUGUUUUAUUUAGAGCUCAGAAUUUGCUCCUUAGUCUCUAAAACCUGAACAGGUACCUAUUUUGUCCUUAAAUAUAGUGAUUCCUUUUAGUACUUAAUAUGGUUAACUUUAAUAUUCCGGAGGAAGAGAGUAAAUAUCUUUAAGAAAUAGUCAAAUUCUCAAAAACAUAGUAAAACAGUACAUAAAAACCUUCAAUAGAUUUAUCUUGGCCUGUGACUAAUGAUUCUGUAUUGAUGAAAAGUAAUAUUGUCAUUCAUCUGAUUAAAAAUUAGUUUGUAAUUAGGCAAAUGUACAAAAUAAGUAUGUGCCCAUUUUUAUAUUCACUUGACUUGUUUCCAUAUUUAAAGAAAUUUUAAUUUUAAAAUAUAAAAUCAGGUGAAUGUUAACUGGCAACCUAAUAAUAGGUUAAACUUAUUUUUUCCAUUGAGAUUAUUGUUUCUUGAUUUAUAUUGUAUUUCAGAUAACAUAGUAUAGCACAGGAAUUUGCAGAAGCCAUUUAAGUUAUCUUUUGAGGUAAGCUUUAAUUUAGCAUUUAUUCUUCUGGUGAAACUUACUGCAUCAUGGGAUAUAUAUAUAUAUAUAUAUAAAGCAAUUAAUUCUUGUGGUGUAAUCUUAAUAGUUUUGAAUGUUGACUGAAUGGCUAUGAGAUUGUGAUUUGUCUUUGUUACAUUCCAGUGUUUCUGCCUCUUGGCAUGCUUAGAGCACGGCUUUACUUCAUCUGCUCCUUACACACUAAAAUGCCCUUAGUGUGAUCAACUACAGAAAUAGCCGCUGCUAAGUGAUGUAGAUUUUCUACUUGAAUAUUUUUAUGUUGUAGGAACCUCAGGAGGUCAGUGUUUACUGUUUUAUAUAUGCCUUCUUUUUCCUGUUUGAGCUUCUCUUUUUGAAGGAUUCUAACAGAACAAAAGCUGCUGAUCAACCUAAGUUGGAAACAGAAAGUAUGUUUAAUGUAAUUUAAAUGCAUGUUUGGCAGUUUCACGUUACAGUCCAUAAUUAGCAAGUAAACUUAGUGCCACAGAUACUCAUUUAUUCAGGAAGUAAUUUGCUUUUUGUAUUGUCUAAUAAGACUUCAUACUGUGUAUAAAAAUCACUUUUAUAUUUUUUGGUUGGUUAUUUCCAAAAUAAUCAACAUGUAAAUAUCUUUAAGAGCCAGUUCUGAUGCUUUACAUUAUAGCUACUUGCUUUUGUUACGCAAGUUAGAUUUCAGAAUAGACUUUAAAACACUUAACCAAGCCAUUACAUCUUAAAAACAAAACAAGUAGCUUUUUUUUUUUUGUAAUUAACAUAUUGAUAAAACACUGUGAUUUUUUGGUUAAGACUUUUUCAUUGAUCUGAAUUGCUUAAAUUGCAUAUAUUGUAAAAUAAGAUCAGAUGUAUAUUUUAAAAUAGUUUCCACUGACUUUCCUCUUGAAAUGCUUUGUCUACUCAGUUAUAAAAUAUUGAUACAAGUUUUAUCUCAGGUGAAUACCCUUAUCAUGUUUGCUUUUGUGACAUACAUUUAUAAAGGGUCAUCAUACUUAGGCUUUUUUGUUUAUGUGAUGUAUUUCAUUAUGAAUCUUGCCCAUUUUUCUAGUUUUAGCAGACUGAAGGGUUUAGCCUGCUCUUCACAAGCCUUUUGUGUGCGUAUUAUUUGAAAAUGUAUUCAAUUUGGUUCUCCAGACACUGAAAAUAGAAAAUUUUCUCCCCCGUAUAAAAUUAUUCUGCAUAGGUGAAAUGCCAGAAGUAAACUAGGUAUGUUUUAAACUCUUUAGUCUGAACUUCAGACCUUUGCCAUGAAGGAAAAAAAAAUUUUUUUGCUUUGUUUCAUUUUGUUUUUUUGCUUCAUAUAAUUCAUAUUGAAUGUAUUAACAGAUAACGGUGCAAAACAUUCUUUCCAAGAGAAGAGUGUAUCAUAAAUAACUGCAUUUUCAGUCCUUCCUUUGUUAAUACUUAAGAAACGCACAGCUUUGCUAACUGAAUUAUUUUUGCAAAUAUUACAAGGGAGGAAAACACUAAUUAUCGCUACUAAUACUGUUAAGGAGGUGUAGGCAUUGGAAUUGAUAAGAAAACGAGUCCUCAAAUAGUUAAGGGCCUGGGAUAAUGUAGGUAAAAUAUUAGAUCAAUAGUGAGCUGUGUUAACAAUAUUAUGUAGUAUUAGUAUCAUGCAGUAGCAUCGUAUACCAGCUUAGUGCAUUUUGUACUGUAUUAAAUACGGCAGUACUUCUAAUGACUUUAAAUUUUAUGUGAACUUUUGGUUUCAUUCACCUGUAUAUUUGCUGGGUAACUUGGGACUAAUCUUUUUAGUCUUGCAUAGAUCUUUCUCCCAUUGGCAUUACAUGUGUAUAGAUAAUUUUUUAGGCCUAAUUAUUAUGCAUAUUAAUUUUUAAGGUAUACAUUUAAAUUUGUAGCAGCUGUUAUGGUUUAUAUCCCAGAAUAGCUAAAUGUGUGCAUGAUUUUAAGGGAAGUUAAAAUUGUGGGGUUUUUUCCACUUGCAUUUUACAGCCAAGCCAAAUCUAUUUGCCAAGCUGUGUAUCACUAAAUAGAAAUGCCAGUAGUUUUCCUUUUUUAAUAGUUUUUAUUUACCAUAGAAUCCCCUAACACUGUGGCUUAUUAAACAGAAUUGGCUAUUUUACAGGUCUGAUUAGCUUUCUCAAAGCCUGCUAUUAACACAGUUAGCCUACAAGGCAGUAUUGGCUCCCUCCUGAUGUCAGCCUCAUAAAGGGUUCUACUGUACUUCUCAUGCAUCUUUUUUUUUUUUUUUUUUUUUUUUUGGUGGGUAUACUAGGGUAUACUACCAAAUUGAGCUUGGUGGAUUUUUAAAGGAGAUAAUAAUUAGACAAUACUGUAUAAUUAACUGCUCAAUAGAUUAUCACCUUGUGAGAAGAGAUAUUUAAAUGUGGUAAAUGACUUCAUAUUAUAAAGCAGUUUUACACUUAAUAUUCAUGUUAACAUUGGGUGCAAUAAUUUAGUAGUGUUAGCUUUAGUUAUAAAUAACUGGAUCUUUCUGCUGACAACUUAGGUUGUAUGAGUUAUGCUUAAAAGCUUUAAAUCUGAUGUUUCCUGUACCUGCCACAUUUAUGUUAGAAUGUGUCCUUCAAACAUAUCCUCCUGCAAUUUCUCAAACUGUACUAAAUUGGUAUUUCUUGAAGUCUAACUCUGUGCUAACAGAUCUUCAUUUUAAAUAGAAUACGGUUUUAAUUUUUGAUAAGCUGCUGAAUUUUAAAAAGAGUUUUUUGGGGCCACCAAAUAUUUUGGAUCAUGCAGAGAAUAUAUAUUGUACUGUAGUAAUUUUUGUAUUUACAUUUGUAUGAUGUGACAUAAUAGAUGUGAAUGUUAAUCACUGCUUGACUAUGUUAAUAAAGUUGUUUAACUAUA